AUGCCACUGGAGGAUGGUGAAGAUGGUCUGUGCGACGGUGAGGACGAGGAGGAAGACGGCGGCGGCGAGGGAGAGGAAGGCCCAGGGGCUGCGGAAGUAGGUCUGCAUCAGGUUGGCCCGCCAGACGUUCCAUCUCCUCUGGCAGUAGGUGCUGACCUGAUUGUGCACCUCGUUGAGGCCUCCGUUGGGAUCGAGAGACACGUCCUUGGAGAGGCUGUUGAACAGCUGCGCGACCGCCUUGUCGCUGCCGAUGGCGUUCUGGAUGAUCCGGCAGUUUUGCAGCAGCUCGACGUCCCUGGCGGAGUCGAUGAUCCUGUCCAUGAAAAAGACGUAGGAGGUGACCUCGUUGCCGGCGCCGACGUGGAGGCGCUCCAUGGCCAUGAGGUUACGGAACAUGGGCUCCAUCAGGUCGUCCACCACCACCUCCGGCAGGAUGAGCACGCCGCCCCGGAGAAACCCCCCCCGGAACUGAAUGUUCCGCAGGCUCCUGCACCCGCUCCCGCGGAACCGCACGCCGGCGUCGUUAAGCUUCGUCGCUGA